CAUAAAAAACUGGAAACUUGCGCGCCACUCAAACAAUUCUCAUUGUUUUUGAAAUACCCGGUAUGUACACUUCUGACACUAACGGAACCUGCGACACCGUUUUCUUAGUGGCAACAUUGUAUUAAGUCAGCUGAUUUUGACAAAUACAAAAUCAAAAUUGAAAAUGGGCGAGUUAGAAAAAGUGUCAUUGCUAUUAGACAAACUGUGUAUAGAAGCAUUUAUACUAAUGGAACAGCACAUAGAAACCAAAAUUAAUUUGGAACGUUCCAUGUGUGAUGGCGAGACAUUCCUGGCAAAAUCGAGGUACAUCAUGGGGCAAAAUUGUGUCUCGGCCUUGCAGCUACCCACAGAAGACAGCUCAGAGAUGGACGCAUCUGCCGUCCUUCACUCGCACAAAGACGACACGGCGUUCGGGCAACGACUGCUUGAAUUAGAAAUAAAAAAGAAGUCCUCGGACCCCGACUGUCGGAUCCAAGAUCCACUGCGUUGGUUCGGAGUACUGGUACCGCAGGAUUUACACAAAGCUCAAGUGAAGUACAAGCAAGCGCUUUCGUGGUGUGUGCAAAGUGUAAACGUUCAAACUAAGCUACACGAGACAUGCACAAAAAUUAAACAAUUGAAAAAUUAUAAAAUAAAGCUUAUGAUGGAAGAAAAACAAACUUAAUAAAUAUUUAUUGGUUAAAUUCAUAUUUACCAAAGUAAGAGGUUUCCGGGCCGCAAAUUAUACUCCUCUUUUUAAACCUAAAGACUGGACAGAACACUCUUUCUGUAUAUAACUUGUAUCUCUUGAGGAAUCGACAAAGAAAAGGUUUGGCUCUCUUUUGUGUUCAUCUUAUUUUAUUAAAAAAGCGAGUAAAUUA